AUGGGUGACACAACUGUCAGCAAGUGGUCUGCAGGAGUAGGUUAUCGAUGCGCCCAAACAGACGGUCCAGUGCUCUCCCAGACUGAUCUUUAUCUGCUCAAUACCGAGCUGCAACUGCACCCGAUCAUGUCUGGUACAAACCAUGGCUUCCACCUCAUGUUUAACCUUGUCACUGGUUCUACUGGCGGCUUCAAUCCUAAUGACCGGGAUCGUGAUAUACCAUUUUCUGCCAAAGACGAGCCUGCAACGCUUCCCCGCGUUCAAGAUCUUAUCAUCAUUACCGAGUCCAGUCCGUGGUGCACGGUAGUGCACAAUGACCGUGGUGUUACUAUGGGCGAUGUCUGUAGCACGAUUUGGAAAGAGUACACAGAGAGUUAUGUGACCGAUGCAGAAUUCAAUGUUCUCCCUCCAAGGCUCCAGGAACAAGUAAAGAGGGCCGCUACGCACAAUAAUGCCUCCGGUGCAUCUUGGAACAUGUAUUACACCACCCCUGCACCAAAUCGGUAUAAACGAGUUGAUUGGCUUCGAGACAAGUACUACUUUGACGGUCUGUCGAAGAAGGACAACUACUCGAUUCAGCGUCUCGGUUUCAAGGCCCCCAACAUUUUUGUAUUAAACCUCACUUCAUGA